AUGGUGAUACGACCGGCGCCAAAUCAACAACAACAACAAAAACCGGGGAUUAUUAAAGAUCCGGCGAUCGCCGCCUUGUUCAGCUCAAAAGAUCCGGAGAAUCGUUAUCAGGAUUUGCGAGAAAUUGGACAUGGUUCUUUUGGAGCUGUUUAUUUUGCAUAUGAUAGAGAGACUGAGGAGACGGUGGCGAUUAAGAAGAUGAGUUUCAAUGGAAAACAGGCGACCGAAAAAUGGAAUGAUAUUCUGAAAGAAGUGUCGUUUUUGAAUAGUGUUAAACAUCGGCAUAUUGUUGAAUAUAAGGCUUGUUUUCUGAAAGAAACUGUCUGCUGGGUAAGUUAUUUUGAAUUGGGGUUUUCUCAUGAAAUUUACGUUUUCGGAUGGGUUUUGACGGUUGAUUAGGAAAAAAACUCUGAAUACAAGUUAUGACGUGACAGACCGGAAAAAAACUAGCAUUUUAGUUUGAAAAUUAAGCUGCAGAGGGUCGAUUACCAAAAUAUAGAAGUACAUUAUGAAAUCCGAGCAAGUUCAAAAAAUUUCGAAAUUCUUAAAAGUGAUGUCAGUUUUAUAAAUACUAGAAAUAUUUAUUAAGGAAAAGAAGACUCUAGUUAAACUUUACAUUUUUCGCAGCUUGUUAUGGAAUAUUGUAUCGGUUCUGCUGCUGAUAUUGUAGAUGUUUUGCGAAAAGGAAUGCGAGAAGUUGAAAUUGCCGCGAUUUGCGCGCAAACUCUUGAUGCUCUUCAAUAUAUUCAUUCUCUAAAACGAAUUCAUCGCGAUAUAAAAGCUGGAAAUAUUCUGCUCUCCGAUCAUUCGAUUGUAAAAUUAGCUGAUUUUGGAUCUGCUUCUCUAACAGAUCCUGCUCAAACAUUCAUCGGAACUCCAUUUUUCAUGGCACCUGAAGUUAUUUUAGCAAUGGAUGAAGGAACUUAUACAGAUCGUGCCGAUAUUUGGUCACUUGGAAUUACUUGUAUAGAAUUGGCUGAACGAAGACCACCGCUAUUCAGUAUGAAUGCAAUGUCAGCCCUUUAUCAUAUUGCUCAAAAUGAUCCGCCAAAAUUGGGACAAGGAGAUGCUGAACCACAAGAAUGGUCACCUGAAUUUAUCGAAUUUAUUGAUAAAUGUCUUCGAAAAGUGGCAGAUGAACGAAUAUCGGCAGCAGAAUGCAUAAAACAUGCAUUUAUUCAAAAACCUCGACCACCAGAUACUAUUCAUGAAUUGAUUCAAAGAACUAAGAAUCAGGUUUUGGAACUCGAUAAUUUCCAAUAUAAAAAGAUGAGAAAAUUGAUGUAUUUGGAUGAAAAUGAGGGAAAUAAUUCGGGUGGAAAUGGAAAUCGAGAUGGAGCUGGAUCUGAUGAUUUAGAACAUGAUUCACAAUCUAGAGGUAUAGUUUUGGAGGAGGAUUUGAUUUCAAUUCCUCAUGUUCACAAUAUUUUUUCAGCCGGCGAUUCUGUGAGCUCACGAAGCGCUUCUCUAACUUCAUUCCGAUCAAUGCAAAGUAGCGGUGGAGCAAUUGUAUCGACUAAUACUUCAGGAGCACCCAGUAGUGGACUUGGAGCAAGUCAUUUACAUGGUGAGUAUUUUUGUAAGUGGUUCGAAGAAAAAUGGAUGAUUUUGAAAAUUUUUAUCCAUUUUUUCCCGCUAAAUCUAUCGCCCAGCGUAUUCGAAAUUUUCUGAGAAAUCCUAAUCAAAGUUUUGAUGAGUAACAAAGUCUCGAACUUUGCCACGUCAUAUUCAAAAUUGAGUUUAUCAGUUUUUCACAACUGGAUUGUGAUCAGCGGGUCAAAAACUACUUCUCUAGUUUAUUUUUGAAAAUUUCCAAAAACCAUAUAUUUUUCCAGGCUCCUCUGGAUAUGGAAAUGGAAGUAGUUCAACAACAAGUUCAGCUCGACGCCGUCCUCCAAUUCCACAUCAAUUAAUUCAGCAACCAACUUCAAAUUCCAACAAUUCUGCAACAAAUUCGAGUAAAACAAUCAGCGGCGGAUCGACAACAACAAUAAUUGAUGAAGAAGAUGAAGGUGUUGCGAUGACACCAAAAGGAACUAAUUUGGAAAUGAAUAAGGAUUUGGAGGCGAUUCGGAGUCCGGUUAAAGGUGAGGGAUUUUUUGAGGGACCUUAUAUUUAUUAUGAGUGAAGAAAGAUAGUUUUCACAUUACAUUUAAAUUUAAAAAACAUUAAUUUCAGAAAUACUUCACUUAGCUUUAACGCUGAGUUAUGUUAUUCUGAAAUGUCAAAAAAAUUGAAACAAUAAGAUUUCAGCAAUUCAGAAAUUAUAUUCUUGGAAAUUUACGUUUCAAAAAUUCUUUAUUGUUAAUUUUCAUACCGUUACGCUAAUCGCUAAUUCUUAUUAGACAAUCGAGAAUUUUACUUUAAAAACUACCUUAAAAAUUUUAUUGGUUUUUGACUUGAAAUGCAUUUCUUCAAUAUUUCCCCAAAUUCAAUAUAUUUUGUUGCAGAUCUUCAUAUGCCACCACCACGAGAUCUAAAAGAAAAGAUCGAAACUCUUCAAAAUCACAAAUUCGCCACACUUCGCUCACAAAGAAUAAUAAAUCAAGAACAAGAAGAAUAUUCGAAAGAAAAUAAUAUGUAUGAACAAAUGAGCAAAUAUAAACAUUUGAGACAAUCUCAUCACAAAGAACUACAACAAUUUGAGGAAAAAUGUGGACAGGAAAGAGAAAUAUUGCGAAUUAAAAUGGAUAAAGAAUUGGAACAAUUGAAUUCGACAUAUUCGAAAGAGAAACAACGAGUUAGGUUAUCUCAGAAUGGAGAAUUGGAUAAGAAAAAACGAGAGAUUGAAGAAGGAGAGAAAAAAUUGAGGAAAAAUCGAGCGGUAAGUGAAAUAUUGGAGUUUUUGGGGGAAAAUAUGAACAAAAAGUCAUCAAAAUUAGGCAAAAUCCUGUUUUUCUUGUCAAACAUUGAUAUUUUAGAAUUUAAUUGAAGGCAGUAACAUUUUUGAUGAUAUACAAAGGGAGGAAAAGGUCAAAACACCAAAAUUUAAUCGUGAAAAAUUUGAAGAAUUUUCGAAACAGUCAAUUUUUUUCACAUACUGAAAAUAAUUGAAUGUUUUAUUUAAAAUUUUAAUUUUUUAAAUCAGAAGAGUUUCAGAAUUUUUAAGACUUAAACUUGAUUUUUUGACGAUUGUACAACUGGAAAAAUUUUGAAGUUGUCCAAAAUUUAAUAUUAAUUUUUAUAUUUUUUUGCACCAAUAAUUUCUGUGAAACAUAUUCAAUAUUUUUUGAAACGGUGAAUUAUUUUUGAAUUUGAAAUGAAAAAAUUCCCCUAUGAAAAUUUUUGAAAUAGUGUAUUUCUUUUACAAUUAGUUAAAUAUUCCCAUUUUCUCGUAAAAAAUUUUCAUAUUUUGUUUUUGCAGAACAACAUUCAACAACAAAUGAAAGUGUACAGUGCAAUGCAAUUGAAGGAAUAUAAACACAACAAGGAAGCGCAAAAAACUGUAGGUUUCAGAGUUUUUUUUCAGCUGGGAGAUUUGAUUAUUAGCUGAAGUUUCAGUCUUUUUUCACGAAUUUUAAGCCGAAAUUCGGCUAUGAUUUCAGAUAGAAAUCCCAAUUUUACGCAUUUUUUGACCUGAACCUGCCUUAUUUUCACCCAAAAAUCCCUAUUUUUUCAGCGUCUUCGAGCAAUGAAUGUUUCUCGUUCGACUUUCGAAUCAACAAUGAAAGAUGUGAAAUUGGAAUUAAAUCGACGAAAAGAAAUGAUGGAAAAUGAAUAUGAGGCAAAAUUAAGAGAAGAAAAUGAAGAGGAAUUAAUUCGAUAUCGAAGACAACAAUUGAAUUUGUUGCAUUCGAUGGAGGAAAAAUUGAUGGAUGAGGUGAGAUAUUUUGGGUGAAAAAUUUGAAAUUUUGGGUGAAAACUAAGAUUUUUAGACUGGAAAUUUGUAGGUUAAAAAAAUUAUAGAAUUUGUUUUUGGCUGCCUCAUAUUCAUAUGCUAAUACUGAAAAUCUCUUUCGUUUAUUUCAUGAAAUUUUUGAAACGUAUUUUUUUUAUUGGAUUUUUGAAACAAUUUUUAUAUUCUGGAGCUACGAGAGUGUUUUUAGAAUUUCGAAAAUAAAAUCCUACGUGGAUUUUUCGUAGUUUUUUUUACAUUUUAUUUAUGUAAUACUUAGUUGAUUCAAAAAGAGCCUAAAAUUUCACAAAAAAAACAUUUUAUGAAAAUCCACGUGUAUUCAUAAAAACCCUAAAAGUUAUGAAAUUUUUUGAAAAAAUUCACAAAAAUAUACUGUUUCAAAAUUUUGAUGAAUACAUUCUUUAAAAUUUUUUCAUAUAGAGCUUCGUAAAUCAAUGAUUUUACUGAAAAAAAAUUAGGAGUUUUUUUAAUUGCAGGAUCUAAAUGUUCAAGACCGUCAAACUGAAACGAAACACGCUCUUUUAAUGCGUCAACACGAAAUGACAAAAGAGCUCGAAAUGGCACAUUCAAAUGAAUUGCAAGCAACUAAAAGGCGACAUUUAGAAACACAACAUGAAGCUGAAUCGAAUAGUCAAAAUGAAUAUACAAAUCGACAACAAGAAGAAUUGAGAAAAAAGCAUGCAUUGCAAUGUAGACAACAACCAAGAGAAUUGAAAUUGCAAGAACAACAAAUACGAAAACAAUAUCGACAAGUUGUUAAAACACAAACUAGACAAUUCAAAUUGUAUUUGACACAAAUGAUGCAAAUUGUUGGAAAAGAAGAACAGAAAGAAAUGUCAGCAAGAUUGAAACAGGAUCAAAUGUCCAAAAUUGCGUUGUUAGGAAGUCAAUAUGAAAGUCAGAUUAAGAAAAUGGUGCAAGAUAAGACGGUAAGGGGUUUGGGAUGAAAUUGAGGGUGAAACAUUUUGAAAUCAAGUUUCCAAUUUUUACGCUUUUUCUUUUUUAGGUAAAAUUGGAAGCUUGGCAAGAAGACGAACAACGAGAAUUGAGCGAAAAAUUGGAAAAAGAGCUCGAAGAAUUGAUUGCGUAUCAAAAAAGGCAAAAAGAAAUGUUGGAUGAGCAAAUUAAGAAAGUAAGCAUGUUUUGUUGGGGGAAUUUUAAAGCAUUGCUCAUAUUAGAGGGAUAUUUUAAAGGAAACAAUAUAAGCAAUUUUCAUAUAGUUUUCAAAUAUCGUUCAUAUUAGUGCAUUUUUGAAGCCCAGACUUGAGAAAAAUUGCAGAUCUGGAUUUUCAAAUAUUUACUAAUCUGAGCAAUGUUUCUGAGUAGUUUUAAAGCAUUGCUCAGAUUAAAAAAUUUUUUUGAGUUUUAUUCAAAACAACGGAAAUUUCUCAAAUAAAGCAUUGUUAUGAGCAAACUUUUCCAAACUUUCGAAUCACUAAAAUGAGCAAUAGCAAAAUAUUGCUCAUAUUACUAAUCACCUAAACAUCUUCGAUUUUUUUAGGAACGUCAAAUUCUCGAUGAGCGAAUAGCUUCUCGUCGCGCAAUGCUCGAACAACGAAUACGCGAAGAACGAGACGAGAUGUCAAAUCUGCGAAGACUGAAAAAGGAACAGAUUCGUGAGCGACACGGCGUCGAACGCCAGCGACUCGAGAACUCAUUCGCCGCCGCAAUUUCAUCGCGCACCCCUGCCACACCUUCUCGAACUCAUCAACAAUCACAUAUCGGUUCGGCUGGAUCAAGUGUGCAGUUGGCGAUGUGA